AUGCCUGCUAAUAGCUGCCAUGCUCUCCUAAGUGGGCAGGUUUCAGAGCCCAAGGAAGCCCCCCUGUGCCUGUCAGCCACGAUGGCACAUGCCAACAAGGUGCGUGUGGGGUCCACAUCCCUGGGAAGACCCAGCUGCUGUGUGCCUGCCAGCUGCCACACGGCCUGCCCCCUGCCAGGGACCUGCAACAUCCCUGGAAAUAUUGGAAGCUGUGGGCCCUAUGGUGAAGGUGCCCUGAAUGGCCAUGAGAAGGUGACUAUGCAGUUCCUGAAUAACCGCCUGGCCAACUACCUGGAGAAGGUGCGGCAGCUGGAGCGUGAGAACGCGGAGCUGGAGACCAAGAUCCAGGAGUGGAGCAAGUGCCACGAGUCGACGAUGUGUCCCGACUACCAGAGCUACUUCUGCACCGUGGAGGAGCUCCAGCAGAAGAUCCUGUGCAUCAAAUCUGAGAACAACAGGCUGGUGGUGCAAAUAGACAAUGCCAAGUUGGCUGCCGAUGACUUCCAGACCAAGUAUCAGGCGGAGAACUCACUGCACCAGCUGGUGGAGGCUGAUGUGUGUGGGCUGCGCCGGGCACUGGAUGACCUCACACUCGCCAAGUGCGACCUGGAGGCCCAAGUAGAGUCCCUGAAGGAGGAGCUGCUUUGCCUCAAGAAGAACCACGAGCAGGAAGUCCACACUCUGAGGUGCCAGCUAGGGGACAGGCUACACAUUGAGGUGGACACGGAACCUGCUGUGGACUUGGCCAGGGUGUUGGCACAGAUGCGGUGCCAGUACGAGACCAUGGUGGAGACCAACCGCCAGGAUGUGGAGCAGUGGUUCCAGGCUCAGUCAGAGGGCAUCAGCCUGCAGGCCACGUCAUGCUCUGAGGAGCUGCAGUGUUGCCAGUCAGAGAUCCUGGAGCUGCGCUGCACAGUGAACGCCCUGGAGGUGGAGCUUCAAGCCCAGCAUCACCUGAAAGACUGUCUGCAGAACAACCUGUGCGAGGCUGAGGCCCGCUUUGGCAUGGAGCUGGCCCAGAUACAGUGUCUGAUUAGCACCGUGGAGGAGCAGCUGGCUGAGAUCCGCAGUGACCUGGAGCGGCAGAACCAGGAGUACCAGGUGCUGCUGGAUGUCAAGGCACGGCUGGAGUCAGAGAUCGAGACAUACCGGAACCUCCUGGAGAGUGAGGACUGCAAGUUGCCCUGCAACCCAUGUGCCACCUCAUCCUCCAGCACGUCCAGGCAGCCCCUGUAA